AUGUCUACUAUUCCUCACUUGCCCAUCUUUGUUGAAGACGACGCCAUCGAGAGCGGAUCUCAAAUUAUAUUGAAACUAAUAAGACCAGACUGGGAUUUGGAAAAAAUCCGAUACAAGUUGUUCACAGAUGGUAUUACUAACAAGUUGGUCGGUUUGUUCAACGAUUCGCGUCCAGAAGAUGAAGGUGUGCUGGUUCGCAUUUAUGGCAAAAAUACGGAACAGAUCAUUGAUAGAAAAGCAGAAUUCGAAAACUUUAAGUUUUUGUACCGUGCUGGAGUUGCGCCGGACUUGUACGCAACGUUCGAUAAUGGUAUGGUGUACAAAUACAUUAGAGGUGAAACGCUGACCACUACCACAGUCCGGGACCCGAUCAUUUACAGGCUUGUGGCCAGAACAAUGGCGAGAUUUCACAGGUUAGGUGUAAGUGGCAAAAGGGCAGAUGACAGGACGACCAAAUCCGAACUUUGGAGUAAAAUGGAACAGUUUGCCAAUCUCAUUCCAGAACGUUAUAGCUCUCCGUCCACGGACCUCCAGUUCCGAAAGACAUUCCCCCAAGGCGUCAAAAGUCUACGAGCCGAUAUUGAAACGCUCAAAGCAUCGUUGGAGAAUAUUGGAAGUCCAGUCGUGUUCUGUCACAACGACCUGCUGUUGACCAACAUACUUGUGCAGAGUGACAAUGCAGUGGGAAGUAGUCCCGCCAGUGUAGCAUUCAUCGAUUAUGAGUACGCCAUGUUCAACAAUCAGGCAUUCGACAUAGCCAAUCACUUUAUUGAAUUCGCUGGUGUACAAAACCCGGACUUUUCAUUGUAUCCAAAUGUCGAUUUGCAAAUGGACUGGCUGAGGUCAUACCUUGAAGAAUACAUUGGUGAAUCUUUGGACCAAAACGAUCAAAGGGUGGCCGUGCUUAAGGACCAAGUGAACAUGUUUGAAAUUGCAUCGCAUUUGCUGUGGAUAUUCUGGGCACUCGUACAAGCCGAAAUAUCGGUGAUCGAUUUCGAUUACUUAAAGUAUGCAGAAAUGAGAUUCAAACUGUACAUGACAGCAAAAAGUUCACUCAUCAAAUGA